CCACUUACCACUUACUAUUACGCAUAUAACCACAAGAAACAUUAGUAUUUAAAAUCGGAAAAUUACACCAACUAGUAGACAGAUCAAACAUGACCACAUGAAAUCAUAAACGACUAAGAUAAGAACAACGUUUUCAGAAAUCAGAACUGAUCCAAAGAACCUGAGAGUAAAUGACAAAGAGAUGCUUAUUAUCAAGCCUCGUCCAUUUCUUUUUUUUUUUUGUGUAAGAACAAAAUAUAGAUAAUACAUCUGUAUAUUUUGUUAUACAUUUAUGUUUCAUUGUCAAUCUACACAUGAUCUGAUCGGUGCAUCUGAAUCUUAUCUUGUUAUAUAUUAAUGUUUAAAGCAAGAUCCGCAGGUUGUGGGUAAUACAUAAAUGUGUGACAACCCAUGUGGAGGGAGAGCAAUAAGUUUCAAAGCUGAUCGUUCAAUGCUUUGGCAAAACAAAGUAUUUCUCAUAUCACUCAGAUACAAUUUUCUCUCGGCAACACUAUGGAUUCAGAGUUAGAGCUCAUAUCACUCAUUUAUCAAGUAAUAAGUCUUCCCAAGAUUCUGGAUUGGAAAUGGGAUUCAGUUACUGAUUCAGAGGUCAUAUCACUCAUUACUCAAAUAAUCUCUAUGGUCAGCUCAAUGGAUUUGCAUUUGCAGCAGAAGCUGGAGUCGGAGUUCAUGUCACUCAUUACUCAAGCAAUCUCUGUCUUUGACUCUAUGGAUUUGGAUCCCGAGGUGUCGCCGCUGUCGGAGCUCAUAUCACUUAUUUCUCAAAUAAUCUCUACGGACUCGGAUUCGGAUAGGAAGCUGGAGUAGGACCUCGAUAGAUCUCUAUGUGAAACAUUAUUUGGUGAGCCGGAGCCAGAACUCAUGUCCCUCGUUUAUCAAAUCUUCUCCCUCGUCAGCUCUAUCAAUUCAAAGUUGGGGAGAUUUAUCUCCUUGUGUCCUCAAUUACGUGUAAAUUUGAAAAAAGGAAAAUUUCAUGUGAGUGAAUACUUCCCGCCGAGGGGCAAGUGGCAUUGUCUCCCUGGAAACUGGGUGAAAUUCAAGUUUAAAGGAGAAGACGCUACUUAUUUUGGCUGUAGAGGAUGCAACGGCAAGAACCAUGAAGAAUAUGAACAGGUUAGAGAUGAGAUCAAAUACCAUCUCCAUCGAAAACAUUCUCUCCAGCUUGUCUUUUUCAGUGAAGGCAAAGAGAGGAAAUGCUAUUGUUGUGAAGAAGAUCUCCAAAUGGUAAUUUAUUGUUGUUUGUCCUGCGAUUUUGCUAUGAAUAUGGCUUGUGCGAAGAAACCACCAGUCUUAUCUAUAGACCAUCCGAAGUGGCAUGAGCAUAUAACUCUUGCUUUGUUUCCAAGACACGCUUUCUUAACUUGCAACCUUUGCGCCUUGGCCGAUUCAAACUCCCCUCUCUAUAUGUGUCCCCCUUGUGACUUUGUGGUCCAUCUAAGAUGUAUCGACUUACCACGUGUCAUAAGGAUCUCACGGCAUCACCAUCGUAUCUCUUUUACCUCUUCUUUUGACCAAGGAAGAUUGUCUUGUGGUGUUUGUCAAAGAAACAUCGACAAUGAUUACUGGGGCUAUUCUUGCAUCAAGGACGGUUGUUCGUAUGCAGCACAUUCAAAAUGUGCUACACAAAGAAAUGUGUGGGAUGGUAAAGAACUUGAGGGAGAGCCAGAAGAAGAAAUUGAAGAGAUCGAGCCAUUUGUCAAGAUAUGCGAUGGAAUCAUACAGCAUUUUAGUCAUCAACAUCAUCAUUUGAGACUUGAUGAUAACACAAAUAGAGAUUACGAUGAGAACAAGGAGUGUCAAGCAUGCAUCAGGCCAAUCUAUUUUGGUAACUUCUACUCAUGUAUGCAAUGUGAUUUCAUCCUCCACGAAGAAUAUGCAAAUCUUUCUCGCCAAAUAUACCAUCCUAUACAUCCACAUAUGCUCACUCUAGGAUAUGACAAUAUUGUGGACCAUGAGGCUAUGUGUGCAGCUUACCCUUCGUUGUGGACAGAUGGUUUCUUCUACGAGUGUGGUAAAGAAGGAUGUGAUUUCAAGCUACCCGUGCAGUUCGCCACAAUAUCUGAGCCAUUAGUACAUGAAAGCCAUAUGCAUCCUUUAUUCCUAACAUCCAAACCAGAAGAGGAGCCACGAAGAUGUUCGGUUUGCAAAGAGAGCAGAUAUGCUAGGACAAAUGAAAUAUUCAAUUGCAUUGAGUGUGACUUUGCUUUAUGUUUUGUAUGUGCUACUUUACCUCAAAAGGUGAGGUAUAAGCAUGAUAAGCAUAUACUCACCCUUUCUUAUGGGAAGGAGACAAGUACCAUGAAGUAUUGGUGCGAAGUUUGCGAAGGAAAAAUAAAUCCCAAAGGACGAUUUUAUGUGUGUGAUGAGAAUUGUUGUGUCACCCUACACAUUGAAUGUCUACUUGGGCACGACUUAUACAUGAAGCCUGGUUCAUCUUGGUUUCACAUUGGGAGGUCUGAGGAAAAGGUACACGUUCUUCCCAACAAUUUUCAUCUAACUCGACCUAUUUGCUCCUUUUGCGAGAAACGUUGUACACACAAAUAGCUUGAUGGACAUUGCUGUAGUUGUGAGAAAUAUUCCUAAAUUUGUAUUAUCUUGUAUGAUUAGUCAAACACCCA